GCAUGUGCAGAAGUAGCGGUCUCUGUUGUUCUUCGUCAGUGGUCUCUAUCGGCUUCCUGUUUGGUGGAGACUGUUUCCGGGGCGAGGUCGUAGCUCUUACAAAAUGGCCGGUUGAGGGUGUUGUGGAGGGGCUGAAGGGACGCCCUCUCUCGGGUUUUUUCCCCUCUCCUCCCUUUUGGUUCUUCAUAUCUAACACAAAAAGGAGGAAAUCUGGAUCAGUCAGAAGCAGCCUCGGCUUUUGAGGCGACGCUGAGGAUGGAAGGAGUUGAGCUGAAGGAGGAGUGGCAAGAUGAAGAUUUUCCAAGGCCUCUGCCAGAAGAUGAUCACAUGGAAGAUUUGCCAGAUUCUUCAGGAGAAGGGGACCAACCAGAAGUGAAUGGCAACAAAGUUAAGAAGAAACUAAUUGUGCCAAAUAUCACUCUAGCUCUGGAUCAGAGCGCGGACUCUAUUUUGUCCGACUUCGACGAUAGCAAAGAUAUCGAUCUGGAUGAUAUCGACACACCAUCUGAAAACAGCAAUGAGUUCGAAUGGGAAGAUGAUCUUCCUAAGCCCAAAACGACUGAUGUGAUUAGAAAAGGGUCGUUUUCGGAAUACGCAGCAUCGGAUGACAAAGAAGAAGAGCGGCGGUGGCGGAUGUUCCGGAUUGGAGACCAGGAUCACCGGGUGGACAUGAAGGCCAUUGAGCCCUACAAGAAGGUGAUCAGCCACGGAGGUUAUUAUGGCGAUGGAUUAAACGCAAUUGUCGUGUUUGCGGUUUGUUUCAUGCCAGAAGGCGGUCAGCCAAACUACAGAUACCUGAUGGAUAAUUUGUUUAAGUAUGUUAUUGGCACGCUAGAGCUGUUGGUUGCUGAAAACUAUAUGAUUGUUUAUCUGAACGGUGCCACCACGCGGCGGAAGAUGCCCAGCCUGGGCUGGCUCCGGAAGUGUUACCAGCAGAUCGAUAGGAGGUUACGGAAAAACCUGAAAUCAUUAAUUAUUGUUCAUCCUUCGUGGUUCAUCCGGACACUCUUGGCAAUCACAAAGCCUUUUAUUAGCUCCAAAUUCAGCCAGAAAAUCAAGUAUGUCUUCACUUUGGCAGAGCUGGCUGAGCUCAUCCCUAUGGAAUAUGUCGGCAUCCCUGAAUGCAUAAAACAGUAUGAAGAAGAAAAAUUUAGAAAGAAAGCCAAAAGAGUUGACCAGGAACUUAAUGGGAAACCGGAGCAGAAGACAGAGCAGUAGGAUAUUUCUGUGCCUUUCUGAUUUCGAGCCAAGACCGAAGAAGGUGAGGAAGGAAAUGACGUCUUGCGUGGAUCGAGUCCCGAUCGAAGGAAGAGAUCGGCUUCUGGACUUUUUGCCCAAAGGACUGCCUGAUGCCGAAUGGGAGCCCGGGCUCCGUAGUGACGCUUACUAGCCGCCUUCAUUAUCACUCUUUUAUACUUCCGUGUCGCAAAAGCGUCCUUCAGAGGCACCCGUUUGUUUUGGUUUUUUUUUUUUUAUCCUAAAUGAUGCUUAUUCAAGUAAAAAUAUUUAUAUGCUUAAAUGUUAAGGAAAGAGAUAUAAUAUAUAUAUAUUUUUAUGACGUCUCAAAACAAUAUUUUAUACGGUUUGCCUGCAGGAAAUACACGCAGGUCGAGUGGGCCGUACAGGACUGCUGUCCUUUAUAUGGAAAUAAAAAGUGCAUGACAAGGUC